AUCGAGAACGAAGAUGUGGUCUCUGUGCAUUUAACUCUCCACUCCUCCAAAAACAAAAAAAAACUCUCUCCUUCAGUAGGCUCCAAACCUAGGUUAGAGACCAUACCCGGCCCCCACCGUCCAUCUCUAUCUCUCUGCCUGUCGAUAAUUCUUGCGUUUGUUUUGUGUGUUUUCUGUGUGGGUUUUUGUUGGGUAGAAACCUUUCGUCACAGUUCUCCUUCAAGCUCCUUCUAUGGCGGCCGGACUCUCCGCCGCCAUUACCCUUAAAUCCUUGGGUUCAUUCCACUCCGCACAACCCUAUCCUCCUCCGAAACCAACUCUUAUCUCCCCUCUCUCGCGAGGUUUAAACAGGGGAAUCUUUAGACCCCAUAAGAGGACGACCUUCGCCGUCUGCUUCGUGUUGGAGGAACAGAAGCAGAUUGCCCAGAUCGAGAAUCAAGCCGAAGAGCUGUCGAGCAAAGAUGUAGAGUUGGAGCAGAUCUUAGCGUCGAAGAUGGCGGAGAAACUCGCCAGGAAGAGAUCCGAGAGGUUUACUUACUUGGUCGCCGCUGUGAUGUCGAGCUUCGGGAUUACUUCCAUGGCUGUUAUGGCAGUUUAUUACAGAUUCGCUUGGCAAAUGGAGGGUGGAGAGGUGCCUUUCUCUGAAAUGUUCGGUACAUUUGCUCUCUCCGUUGGUGCCGCUGUGGGUAUGGAGUUUUGGGCGAGGUGGGCGCACAGAGCUCUCUGGCACGCUUCUUUGUGGCAUAUGCACGAGUCUCACCAUAGACCAAGAGAAGGUCCAUUCGAGUUAAACGAUGUUUUCGCCAUAACCAACGCAGUUCCUGCUAUCGCUCUUCUCUCCUACGGCUUCUUCAACAAAGGCCUCGUUCCCGGCCUCUGUUUCGGCGCUGGCCUCGGCAUUACUGUGUUUGGAAUGGCCUACAUGUUUGUCCACGAUGGACUGGUUCACAAGAGAUUCCCGGUGGGACCCAUCGCCAACGUGCCUUAUUUCAGGCGAGUCGCUGCAGCUCACCAGCUUCAUCACUCUGAUAAAUUCAACGGCGUCCCGUAUGGGCUGUUUCUUGGACCCAAGGAAGUUGAAGAUGUGGGAGGAAAAGAAGAGCUGGAGAAGGAGAUAAACAGGAGGAGGAAGUCAUAUAAGGGUUCAUGAGAAUCAAUAAUAUGCACUGUAGAAGAAGAAAAAAAAAAUAGUGUCAAUUAAAAUUUAAUAAGAAAUUCUGAUAAUUAUUUUUUAAUUUUAUUUUACUCUUUUUCUCAUGGGUAAAAA